AUGUUCGUCUACCGAAACAAGGAUCUUCCGGAGGAUCCCUAUUUCCCGGCAGAUCUUGCAAAACUGGGGUAUUGCAUCACUGAGAACGACCAGCUCCGCAGCAUCAAAGAUCACACGGCAGAGUUCAUGUACCGAAUCAACCGGAAUGAACGAUACAAUAUCAAGAAUCGCGAGGCAACUAAUGACUGUAUUCGAGCAAUCAUCAGUCAACGACUCCAAGAUGCCGGCCUGGAAUACAUGCGUCUGCCACUCCAUACGGUCAACGAUCGUAUCAUCGAGAGCGAGAACAACGUAGCUCAUGUUCCCAUCAUGGUAUCUCCCAACCUGAAUACGGCGGACCGCAUUUUUGUCGUAUUUGGAGAGCCGAUGCAGGAUCUUGGGGUCUGGGCAUACCGAGUCAUCGGCCACGACACCAUCAACAAAGGAUCCGCUGUGGAGUUCGUCAAUGGCGUCCUUGGGGAAGAGAACAAGACGGGCAAUGCUCUUGUCCUUGCUAACACGGGUCAGUUACUCUGGAAUUGGGCCACCUCUCGUGCUGUGACAACCGCCACUUGGGAUUCCCUCCCUCGUCCUUCCGGGAACUGGGGAGCGGCCGCGACCAGUUGGCGGAACAAGAUACCGUUCAACAAGGACUGGAGAGAGCAUAUCAUGCAUGUCUUCAACAAUCUGCUGUGGCCACUCGUGCGUGGAAAGCAGACCCGUAUUGACAUCAUCGGCAUCUCUGAAGGUGGCUUGGGUGCGAUUCAGUUCCUCGAUACCAACUGGCAAGUCUGGCGUCCCUUUAUUUCCGGCAUCUGCUUGGGCAACCCGCUCCAGGAAGUGAACGCUGAUAUCGACAUGAGCACCGUAACCGAUCCAAGUUCUUUCCCAGCUUUUGUGUCCUCCCGUUGCCGCGCCUACGUCUUGUCCGAUGAGAAAGUGGGCACCCGUCACUCGGGCUAUCGCCAGUAUGGCUGCAACUGCUACUCUGCAGGUGAGGCUUGCCACACUGAGUGCAUUCUGCCCAGUGCGUGGCGCGAUAUGCUCAAGUGGCUGGAUGUGCUUUACAAGGAUCCUUCUUACGCAGAGAAGGUUGUGAUUAUCGGUGACGACCUGGAAAAGGAAACCCUUGAGGCGAUGCAGGAUUUGAAAGUGACAAACGAUGAAGAGGAAGGGGAAGCCAAAGUGUUCCCGGAGCUGGCACAAGAGGAUGUUCAGAAUACCAAGGGUCCGGAUGGUUCGGAGGAUGCGAAGAAAGAUGCCAAAGAGGCGGCAGAGAUGGAUGCGAUAGAUAUGGGUCAGCAGGAGGGAAACUCUGGCGAGGCCCAGACUAACGGAGCAGAGACUGAAAAGACUGCCUAA